GACCGACGGGGAAGGAGGAGAGCCGAAAUGGAGGGCGGCGAGGUGCGCGGCUCCUAAACCGAGCAGCCGGAUACCACGAUAGCCGCCAAACCUCGCCAGGAUGCUGUGCUUAAAGAAGCGGCGUACCUACAGCUUCACUCAAGGGGCGCGCAAGGAGUCGCGGCCCCGACGCUCGGCCUCGUCCACCGGGAGGGACGAGCAGCGCGAUGGAGUCGACCUCGAGCCCGGAUUCCUCGCCACUCUGCCCCGCAAUAACACGUCGAGAAAGGAAAGAUCCACGACGAUGGUCCUGACCGUGACGGAGGAUACUCCCGCGGAUAUGUUGGCCGGAAGUAUGGAGUUACUCGUGCAGAUGCCUCGUGAUCAUCACGUUCAGACGCAGCGAGUCACUGUCCAACGGAGCACGCCGAUGAUGGACCUCCUCGUGCAAAUCGCCACCGCGCACAAGCUGACGGCCUCGAGCUACACACUCCAGGCGAUCGGCGAGCGGGGCCUCGUCCUCGCCCACCAGCCCAAUACGCCCAUCGGCGCCCUCGACGCUCUCCAGGUGAAAUUGCUGCCGAAGCAGGGGACUUUCCUUCCGCGCAAGAACCGACAAACUAAUCAGCCCUUCGAAACGACUUUCAGAUUACAGGUCCAUCUGCCGCGAAAUCAGCUUUACGUCUCGAGAGUGAGCCCGAAGACGAAUCUGGGCGAGAUCUUGGACGAAGUGUGCCGUGAGAAGAAUCUGGACCGAAAUAAGUACGAGCUUCGACACCCAGCGAACCUGGCCGAGACGCUGAACCCGACGCUCAGCCUCCAGGACUAUCAUCUGCAGGAGGUGACGCUGUGUCCGCGACAGCAGACCCGCGGCCACAUGGGCUCGGCCCUCAGCAGCCAGGACAUAAUGGCCCUGCAGAAGCAGGAGGAGUGCAGGCGUCAUCAGGCCCGCCAAUCCGUCUUCGGCUUCAUCUUCAAGAAGUCGAAGGAGAGCUCGGUGAGCACCGAUAGCCUUGGCAACCGCAGCGUCUCGCCCGCGCACAGCGACGAGACCGCCCGCAGCUCGAGCCCCGUUCAUCAUCAGACGACGAAGACGACGACGUCGACGACGAUGACGACGCACCAACAGCCACCACCGGCGCCCGCGAGGCCCCAGAGGAAACGUAGACCCGCACCGAAACCGCCCACCCAACAACAACAACAACAACAACAACAACAACAAACAACAACAACAACAACAACAGAAACAGCAACAGCAGCAACUGCAACAGCAACAACAACAGCAGGUCACGACAAGGACAAGAUCGUGAUAAGCCACAGCCGCAACAGCAGCGACAGUUCCGGUUACCACGAGGCCUCGGUUCUCAGUGACAAUCCGGACUCGGCGAGGAUGCCGGAGACGCUGCCACGGAGGGGCCGUAUGCAGGGUAUUCUCGAGUCACCGAGAAAGCUCGCCCACACAUCCCAGGCGAGCAAGAGCCUCGGUAACCUGGCCAUCGCCUCGAGUCACGGGGGCACCCUUAGCCGGGGUAUCAGCAACACCUCCCUCAGCUCCACCGGUCAGCGUAAGAAACGCGCGGCGCCACCGCCACCGAUCGCACGUCCCCUGCCCUCGGCCAUCUCCGCUCAGGGCCUCGAGCGCAUCGUCGACUCGGACGAGUCGCUUACCUCGGACAUGGACCUCUCGAAGCCGUCCUCGGACAUCGACGUAGGGCCCGCGGCGACGGGCAGCAGCAAGGCCAGCUCGGACCUCGGCUGCCACCUCAACGAUGAGCCGAAGCACGACGAGGAGCAGCCCCCCCUAGAUCCCGCUAGAGUAGCCAAGAAAGAGCUUGCGCCGCCCAUUCCAAAGCCGCGCAAAAUCCUGAAAAGCGCCGCCCCAUCAUCCCCGUCGUGCAUUGUAGAAGUGCCAGACGCUAGUUGUAAUAGUCCCGGCUGCUCCUCGGUCACCGAGGCUGCGGCCUUCGGCCUCCCGAGCUUGACGGAGGACGAGCGCGAGGAGAUCGCCAUGGCCAUCGACUCGAUCAUCGAGGCGGCCGAGGGUCGACUCCAGGAGUCGCCUCGAGCCGCCACCGCCGCCAGGGUCGCGAGCUUGCAUCCGAGGGGGGAGUCGGAGUGGUCACCUCGCGCGGACGAAGACUCGAGCGUAGGCUCGAGGACGGGCUCGGAGCUCGCGAUCGGCCACGCCGAUACGGCCAGAGUCGCGGACUCCGACGUGGGGAUGGAGCUCGUUGGACACGGGGCUGGCGGCGGCUACGGCCUCGAUGACAAUGCGAGGACGACAAGGAUCAAAGUGUCCGUUGCCACGGGGCGCUCGAGCGUGAACUCGAGGCUGGCCGAUCUGGAGCUUAGCGGGCCAGGUGACGAAGACGGGAGAGACGCAGGGCCGUCCUGCCCGGUGUUAUCGACGAUACCUCAAUGCCCCGAGCAGCCCGAGUUGGCCAGCAACGGCACGAAUGACCUGGACGGAGCCGCGGAGACGGCGAUAAAAAAACGCGGGAAGAUAUUGCGCAGUCAGUCGGACAGGAUGCACUUGGAGUUGGGACGAGUGGAGAUGCGCACACGCCACCUAACGACCAAUGGCGGCGAGGCUUUCACGCUCGACGCCCAGAAUCCGAGGAGGAUCGAGGAGGCUUCGACCGCGGUACCAGGUGCCCGAGGUAAAUCCUCGCCAACGGAGACGGACAUUCUCCUGCAGAAGGUCUCGGACACGCUGUCGCACUCGCUGGUAACCUCGACACCUCCACCGACGACGGUCCCACUCCUCGAUCCGGUAGUUGCCAGUACGGAGAAGGAGGCACGCGAGGAGGCGAGGAGCAUCGUCACGGAAGUGGCCGCCGCAGGUACGAGGUCGAGGUCGUACGAGGAGGACAAGGGACCGGAGGAGGACGAGCAGCUGGUGACGUCGAGCGACGAGGCCGGGGCGAACCUCGGGCAGGACACGAGCGACUACGUGUCGGCGAGCGGCGAGGACAUCUCGAUCGGCGACUGGGAUUACCAGAUACCCGCGCCACCGAGCGCCUUCCGCGACGACAACGACGCCAAGGCCGUCGAGGUCCCUCCCGGUGGGAGAGAGCAACCGGUGAAGAAGGAGUCAACGGCGAGGGAGACGGUCCACGUGGCCAAUAGCGCGGAGGCGAAGAAGCCCGGGGAUCCGAUUGCGCGGCAGCAGUCGCCGACGAUCGACUCGACGAGCCGCGACGCCGUGGACUUUGGCCAGGCGAGGCCGAGUCGACCGAGCCCGAGCAGCCAAACUUCUCUGGAGUCGACCGAGCAGAAGCAGGCCGAGGUGAUAUCCGAGCUCGAGACGAGGAUCCAGAGCAACCGGCCGAUCGUCGAGCCAGUCCCACGGGACGAGUCCUACGCGCCCAAGAUCGCGCCCGUGGAGAACAACCUCGCCAAUUUCACCAUAACGACCUACUCGCGCCAAAAGUGCCUCGACAUCUUCGACCCGCCCGAACAACAACAACAACAACAUAAUCGGGUGAUGAACGGGUUCGCGACGCUCACGAGAGGCAGGAGCACCGCCGCGGAUUUCGCCGCCGAGGAGAAAUUCGCCAUGAACGGUACACUAAAGGCCGCACAAAGCAUGGAGAGGAUGUCCGUGCCACUAGUCGAUGAGCGAGCCAAGUUUGCCGAGAGAAACGAGAUACCAAGGGAGAAGCCGACGGUGCAUCGAUCCAAGAGCUAUAUUAUUUUGUCGAGCAGCGAGAAAUUUUUUAACAGAGCCAACGAGAUCGAAAAGUCGAGGGAUGAAAUAAAAGUGGCCGAGCGCCCGCAGCUCGAGAAUAAUAAAUCAGCUAAGAAAUUCACGAGUUUGGCUAAUGUGAACGUGAGCUCGACCGACGAGAUACCCAGGCAUAAGGAGAAAUUCUCUCAAUGGAGGGAGAAUAUCUUGAGAAAGCAGGAGGAGCCCACGAAGGAAAAGCAGCUUCAAUCCUUACAGGUACUGAAGAGCAUUUUACCGCAAUUGAAAAAUGCUCAAGCGACCGAAGAAAAUGGCUACAGAAAUACCAGUGAUAAUUUUUCAACAAAAAAAUGGCAAGAGCCUCGGGAGUCAGCCACGCGGUCCGAAGCUCAGCUGCGGGAUAAUCGACGCAACGUCGAGGUCGGCAAGCGUUACACGUACUGCGGGCCGCCAUCGGUGAGCCUCGGCAGCUGGUCCGAGCGCGCCUGCGUCAACGUGCAGAUCAAAAACGACACGGACUACAAGCUCGGAGGUGGUGGUGGUGGCGGCGGCAGUGGAAGCAGUGGAGGCAGUGGUUCCAGUAGCGCUUCGGGACCCAGAACCGUCGUCAGCCUCAAUGCUGAGGCUAGUUUGAGGAAGGAGCCUGCGUGCGCCAAGGAAGCCGACAAUGUAGCCGAGUCGCGCGUCGACACGAGUUCGGUGAACUUCCGCGAGCUGACGAAGGCUUUCGGCCAAGUGGAGGUGCGAGCCCGAGCCAAGGCUCCGGUUUGCGCGCAAAAGCCGCGUCAGCGUCACUCGGAGUACCUGGAGAGGACCAAGUCGGAGCUUAACGGCGAGUCCCGGACGAACGGGCUCGCGGCUCCCACCAAGCGCUACACCUCCGUCGUCGGCAUCGCGAGCAACGGCCACGGCGCGCCGCCCCCAGCCAACAGCGGCUCGGAUACGAGCCAACAGCAGGAGUCGAGGCUCGUUAAGGAGAUGAACGGCGGUGGCCAGGGAGUGCCGAAGCCACCGACGAUGCCGAUAAUCACGGGCGUGACCCUCAAGAGCGUGAGCGCGAGGCCCAAGCCGAAACCAACACCGACCGUCCAGUUGGAUCCCAGGGAUCAGCUGCUGGAGUCGAUCAGGAACUUUGGCGGACGGGUGAAAUUGAAGAGCGUGAGUCGACGACGUUACCUGUCGGAUUGUUGAGGUGCCUCGAGCUCCCGGAAAUCCCGGCUCACGACUUAACGUGCGCCUCGCAACUACCGAUCCUCCAAAUCUCUUUGUCUAGUAUCGCGCGUCAAACGCAUCAAUCCGGCA